AUGAAGAUUUAGAACUUGUAAUUGGGAUUCAGUUUAUAUAUGUAAUUAAUUUCAUAAUUCUAUUGCAUCUGUUUUUGUAAUAACAAAAUACAAUUCAUAAAAACGUAGAAUUACCAAUAAUAUAAGAGGACUAGAUUCGAAACAUUGAUGAAUGGAGAUUUAGAAAUUAACUUAAAAAUUAAAUAUUGUUCAUAUACUACAUUAAGUAAAAUACUUAAUGGGGAUUAGAAAACAAAUAUCUAAAUAAAUGCGAUCAAUACGAUUUGA